AUGAUUUGCUCACUCAUAUUCUGCUUCAUCUUUGGAGCAGUUUUGGCAGCCGAAGAAGAAUCCAGAUCUUCCUACAUAGUAGCCCAAGAGAACAAGCGUUUACAUGGCUAUGCUGUAAAGAGAAUCGAUUCUACGGAUGAAAUGGCAUGCAGUCAAGCAUGUUUAAGGCAUUCUUGGUGUACUUCUUCUAACUUUAAAGAGUCCUCAGGCAAUUGUGAACUGAACAAGCACGAGUUUUCAAUAAGUGCAGAUGAUGACACCAAGCUCACUGAUAAUAUGGGGACAACGUUUUCAAUGUUUCUUAAGGUAAGGCGAAGAGAGGUUUGUCAACAACGUACGCGAUGUAAGAACUGCGUUGAAAUCAAUUAUUAACUAACACACAUCUGUUCUGUUGGAAAAACAGUAAAGUUGAGUUUUGUUAGGAUGCAUUUAUCAAAAAUGGCAUCCAAAGCGGGGAUAUGUCUUGUAUUGGAGCCAGUCAUAUUCACUUCCUUUUGCCACCAGUUUCAGUCCGGGACAAGUUUUAAAUGUUAUUGACGGCUAUGUAUUCUUGCCUUCAAUUGGUUUACUUUUUUUAAAACUGCAGUUAAGACUGUUAAGAAAAAUGAGCAGUGCAAUUCAAAAUUCAAGGAGAGUUUAUAUUUUGGUUUCUAAGUUCAAAAAAUAUAUUGUACAGAUAUGAUUUGCAUUGUGCCUUAAAAAAGUUAUGUUGAGAGAUCAGUACGCACUGCAAGGAUCACAUGAAUUUGAACGUUUUUUUCCUUAAACAUCUGAUAGUGUCUUAACAGAUGUUUUAGGAGAAAACGUUCAAAUUCAAGCGUUACAGUUUUAAAAAACUGUAACGCUUACUAAAGUAAUUAAAAUGCAAUUUUCUGCAGGGUUGUUUGAUGGCUGGAUGCCUCAAUGGAGGUUCUUGUUUGUUCGACAAAGAAAAAGACGCUUUCGCUUGCUCAUGCAAUCCGCAAUGGAGUGGAGAAAAAUGUGAACUAGGUAAGUUCUUUAGUUUUUUUUUGCCCCUUAUGAUAAAUAUAGAAUAGCGGAAGAGGUGUACUGUUGGAAGCAAUUGUCUGUAUCUGGCAAAUAUUUCAGUGCUACAAAGAAACUUAAACUGUUGGCAGAUUGCCAAUUUAAUGAACCUUCUACUCUGUGAAAAUUAUGUAACAUUUGGCAUUUAGUUUUAUUAAUUUCUUAGCCUCGUCAAAUGUGGAUCGGCCUGGGAUUAGAGUGAUUAGGUUCUUUUGAAGAGAAAAAAGCGAAUAAUGGUGUGAAGAGCCUGCUAUACACUGGUCCCAUGUAUGGGAUCAUUGUUGCCAAUUUCAAUUUUCAGUUCGCCAUCUUGUGUUCCAUCUUGUAGUCCAGCCAACACUUUUCGCGAGUUUCUCCAUUUAAUAGACUACCUGGGAUGGACUAAUUAUAAUCUGUUUUUGUAGACAUUGACGAAUGCGCAAAAAAUACCCACAAGUGCGGUGCCAAUGCCAUCUGCAAUAAUACCAAGGGAGGAUACAACUGCACUUGUCAUCCGGGAUAUUAUGGAGAUGGAAAGAAUUGUGAACCAGGUAAAAUGACAGGCUUCGUAUCAACUUGGAAGAUUUUUGUAAAACUAUGUAAGCAGACAAUACCGUUAAAUCACUCAGUCGAAAAGUACAAUUUACUUGGCCAUUAUUCUAUGAUGGUUAAACGGCAGUAUUUUUAUAUAUAGACAAGAGCCACAAUUAUUGCUCUUGAUAUAGAAUAUGGACACACAUCCAACUGAAUACGGUGGUAGGUCUUCUUUUCAAACAGAAAUUGAUGGUAAGGUAUUUUUAAUAUUAAAGGUAUCUUUUCAAAAGAAUCAAGCUGAAUAAUUAGACUCUGAAGGUCUCUAAUAAUGCUUGUUUUCUUUAAGGUUUAUAUGACAAUUCUUAAAUAUUAAUUACCCCCUUGUUUAUCUUGUUGCACAGUUUCAUCGUGUAAGGAUCUUUUUGACAAGAAAAUGUGAGUAAAAAAAUAAAAAGUUUUCUUUUUAUGCCCUUAAAAUAACAAAAUAAGUCGGUACAGCUGAAUGCGCCCGAACUGUGCUUGGUUUGCCCGUCGAGUGAGAUCCAAAUAUGAGUGAUUUAUCAGCUGUCAUUAUGAUAUAUCGAUUGCAAUUGUUCGAAGUUAUUCCUGGUAAAUGCGAUGAUGGUGGUGUCGCAAGAAAACCUUCAACUUACUGCUACCUUCAAUACGCAGUUAAUUGAUUUAAUUGCCUUUUUCCAAAUCUACUGGAAUAACUCUUCCUUCCGAAUCAACAAAUUGUUUCAUGAAUGUUGUUAAACAAAAUGCACACCACCUCUACACGUAAGCUAGAAGCGCUACUAAAAAUAUUUGAGAAGCCCUAUUCUGAUGACCACAGGUAUUCCACACUGAGUGGGAACAAAAAAGCAAUAAACACAGACCUGAAAAGGGCACUUGGUUGACUACGCUGGGUAUGAUCACAUACAGACAAAAGAUACAUAUUGCCGGGUUUUCAGUGUCACUGCAACCAAAACUGAUCGAAUUAAAAGUCAAAACUGUUACAUACAGCAGAUAAAGUCCAGAAUCUUGGAAAUGAAAGGAGGUAAAUAUGCAAAGACCCUCGCCAAGAUUCAAGUCAGAGCGAUAUUUCAUAUGCGCGAUUUCCGGAGAAAUGUUUUACCCAAAUUUAUAGAGCUUUGUAUGAAAACGUCAUGUAGGUGCCCAUUCGGAUUGGCACCAACAUGGCGACCGGAAAGCAAAAGAAACAUUUGUCACUGAGUUUUGCUACGAAAGCCUGCAUUUAUCUCUCAAGGAACUCAUAAACAUUAAAGUAAUACUUUUUCUAAUACACGAACUGUUCAGAUAGCACAAUAGCCCGAAAUAAGUCACUUUUUUAACCUACUUGACAGCUCUCCCUAGGGGCACCCAAUCGAUCUGUUCCGCAAAUUUCUGCUGGCUGGGAGAUGUAGAGGAAAUAAUAUGUCCUUGGAAGGAAAGUGUUGCUGGGAAAAAGACAAAUAAGAGUGUCUGAGGGGAUUUGAUGUCUAGAAUAGCUGCCAUCACGGUGAUAGGCUCCUGCUGUUAUGCUGCUAACCUAGUUCUCCCCCUCCCAACCCCCCCUCCCCCACUAAGGGGGUGAAGUUCGCCCUUGGGCCACACCGUUUUUCCUAAUCCCCCCUCCCCACUGAAGGUCCGAAUUUUUCCCUAUGACCACACCCAAACUGGUCAGUAAUGUCUGGACAUACGUCUACUGUGAAACGUCCGAGCAAGUCAGGUUGCAGGUUGUAGAUGCACCUUCCUGGCUGGGAACUCUUCCAUCAGUCUUGCUGGGAGUGAGGAACAGAUAAAUUUUCCCCAGCAAUCUCCCAAAAUGCUUUAAAUGGAUUCAGAAACCUUUAUUCAUGCUUUGUUGUUGUUUUAAGGUCUUUUUCUCAAAAUUUCCCGUUGUCUCUCGGCCGUCAUGUAAAUGCCUCGUCAAGCAUAAGCUUCUAAAUUCAAGCAUACAGUGUGUACUCUACCACAAAACCAAAAAUCCUUUCGAAGCAAAAGUUUGUGUGAAUAUUAGUUUUUAGUUGCUCUAAUACGUAUACGUCAUGAAAGUAAAAUUGCAGUACUGCUUGUUUUACAGUUUGAACUUUAGUGACGUCAUGUGAAAACCAACAAUAAGAUAAAAUUAAGUUUGAGCAAGAUCAUCGGGUCAGUGUUGUCGACACCAUUGCGAUAUAUUCAGUAUUAGCUAGGUUUUCAGUGUCUACUACUUUAAUUUGCGUCCAUACGUACUAUAUACAUUUCUUUCGCGCCACGAACUUGGCUUAAUUGCUUUUGCGUAAUAUUUAUUUUUUUAGACAUUGCUUUCUGAUGAUAUUAUGGACAGAAUUGGCAUUUAAGCUGGAGGUGUUAACUAAAGAAGUCAGAAAAACGUUUUUUAACUUCGACGACCUUCCGCAAUCUUGCUCUCCCCGCGACAAGGAUCGUUGUGAGCCGUUUUAGUCCUCCAGCAGUCCUUAGUCCUUUGGCUCGUCACGCAAUUAAAGGUUUGCGUGACAAGCCAGAGACACUAGCCGAUCGUUACUAGCGAUCAAUUGGGCUGAACUGUUUAUUUUUGUCCCAGGAUCUCCCUUAUUAAGAUAUUUUGUUCCUUGUAGAUCAAAUGAAAGCAAAGCUUACCCACUGAUUUUGGGAGAUGACAUUUUAGAUAUUCAUUGCAACAUGACCACUACGGAAACUGACGCAUGUGGAGUUGGUGGAUGGACUUUGGCUAUGAAGAUUGAUGGAAACAAGGUAUACGCUCUUCCAACAUUGCCCAUAAUAACAGUGGAUAAUAACAUUGCAAUCUGA